UGUAGAUAUGUUUUACAUUCAACAGCCCGCCUUUUUAACUCUCCUCCAGCACAGCCCACAGGGGUCACCCUCCGGGGCAGAGUAAGCUCGGAGAAAGAUCCACACACAGAUCCUUAAUUGAUUCACUGAAACGUGGAGCCGCAUUAAUAAGGCUGCGUGAGAUGAGAUGAGAAAGGCAACAGUGACUUACCUGAUUUACAGUACACUCUGGAAAAUACCAUAAAAAAAUACUAAGAGAGCAAUCGAAACGUAACAGGGAUUUGUGAUUUAUUAUUUUGGCCAACCCAAAAAUAAUAAUAGCAUUGUCGACAAUGCCUGGACUUUUUUUUUCGUGCUGUUUAGAAUUUGAGUUUGACGUUUAACUUUCCUAUCCUCUUCACCAAAAGCAACCUAACAUUAUUGUUAUGCACGGCCCUGUCGUUACGGCAGGGCACUAUUUUUAACAGUCUGGUGGUAGCAGCGCAGCCGGCCGUCUCCCAGAGAGAAUGAAUCUGUGUCUGGCGGACGGAGAAGUCUGCUCGCUGCGGUUUUGCACUGCUGUGCGCUUUGCGUGGGGGCGGAGGGAUACCAGUUGUACGCUGGCAGUGAUCUGCUUCAGUGUUCAGUUUCACGGAGCGAAAGAAGUGACUGUGCGGGAGGAGACUGAAAGAAAUUUAAAUCCCCCGGGUUGCGCUCGACACGCAAAAGACUAAAUAACAGUUAUUUUUUGCCCUCGUCGUCGCUUUCUCUUUCUCUCUCCUUCCUUCUCUUCUUCUUAAGCGCCGUUUUAUGUAGAAAAUGUCCGACCGAUAGGGCGUUGCUGUUGGAAGUUUUUCGAGGGUUUUCUCACUCUCCGUUGCGAGGCCAUGGCGGUGGAAGCGCGGCCGGAGCUGGUCGGGAAGCGGUUCCUGUGUGUCAGCGGAGAGGAGCUGCCGGAGCUCGGGGAGAUCGGGCGCUGGGGAUGGAGAGCCGGGGUCAUCCGCGCCGUCUCCCACCGCGACAACGACAACCCGGAGCUCACGGUGUAUGUCGAGUUUGAUGACCUUGAAUGGGAGAAGCGCGAGUGGGUCAAAGUUUAUGAAGAUUUCCGAAUAUUCUUGUUGGAGCACCAGCUUGUGUGGGCAAAGCAGAAGGAGAACGGUCAGCUUCAGGGAACAAAGCAUAAGCAGACGCAGUGGCCUGCCUUGACAUUCAAGCCUCUGGUGGGAAAGGCUGUUCUGGGCUCCAUCACUGCAGUGGAGUUCUUCGCAGACAGGCAGUUGGACUUCUUGACCGAAGAUGGCACGUAUCAGCCCUAUCAGGAUGAAGUGGACAGUUUGAAUCCAGUUCUCAGGGACAAUCCUCAGCUUCACGAAGAAGUGAAAGCCUGGGUUAAGGAACAAAAGGUUCAGGAAAUUUUUAUGCAAGGUCCCUAUUCGUUAAAUGGAUAUCGAGUACGAGUUUAUAGACAAGAUUCAGCUACGCAGUGGUUCACAGGCAUCAUCACCCAUCACGAUCUCUUCAGCCGCACUAUGAUUGUGAUGAAUGACCAGGUACUAGAGCCACAGAAUGUUGAUCCUUCUAUGGUACAGAUGACCUUUUUGGAUGAUGUCGUUCAUUCUCUGCUGAAAGGUGAAAACAUUGGAAUUACAUCCAGGCGCAGGUCUCGCUCCAGCCAGAACAGCAAUACAGCUCACACCACAGGAGGGAGACUGACCAGCAGCACAGGAAGCAAUCAGGGUCAUUACACACGUGCCCAAGCAAACAGCCCCAGACCAGUCAUGAAUUCUCCAACCACCACGCCGAAACAGGCGCAGCAGCAGCAGCAGAUACAGCAGCAGCAGCAAAUCCAGCAGCAGCAGCAGCAGCAGCAGCAGCAGCAGCAAAUCCAGCAGCAGCAGCAGCAGCAGCAGCAGCAGCAGCAAAUCCAGCAGCAGCAGCAGCAGCAGCAGUCGCCUCUCCAGCACCGUGCUUCACGCUCCAGCAGGAGGAAGGGAUCCGACAGCAGUGUGCCAGAUGAAGAUAAGAUAAAAGAGGAAAAACUUGACAAUGGAGGGCGAGGAGACAUUUCAAAAACUAAAACCAAGCAAAUUAUGAAUAAAAGAAGAAAACCUGAAGAGGAUGAAAAGAAAGUGGGUUUAAAAAAACUGAAGGCAGACAAUGUCUCAGAUUUUUCUGAGAGCAGCGACUCUGAAAACUCCAAUAAAAGAAUCAUAGAUUCUUCCUCAGAGCAAAACUCAGAGAAUGAGUUAAGAACCAAAAGCACUUCAAAGGCUAGCGAAGAGGAAGACAAAUCCCAGGGUAGCAAGGGGGCAGUGGAGACGACUCUAAUAGAUAGACACUCUCCCUGGGAUGAAAGAGAGGAUGAACAAAUUCCAAAAGUACUUCAGUCAGCUGACUGUGAACUGCAAGAGGAAAAGUCUCAGCACCAGCCAGCCAAUCCACCCACUCCCUGCGAUCCGAAUGUCAGUACUCCAGACGUUCAGGGGUGCAUUGUGGAAAUGAAAAGCACUGUGAAAACUUUACCCAAGGACCAUUAUGCUAACAGUGCACCACAGACUGCUACACCAAAAUGUGUUAUCGAUAUAACUGCGGACAAUAACACAAAUAAUGGGUCUCAGGAAAAUUCUGAGGCUGUUUCUGCUUUGCUGGCUUCUCAGAAGUCAGAAUCAUAUAUAUCGGAGUCCAGACAUUUAGUGUUAAACCCUUCCGUUUCAGAUGGCAGGAAGCCAGAGAUUGAACAACAGAUGGCACAUAGCCUUGGCAGUAAGAUCGAGUUUGCCCAUUCGGAGAUUAUAAAACCAGUUGCAUCUGUCAGUGAGUCUGCUGCUGUAGCUGAAAAAGAAAAACUACAUUAUUCCUCCAUUAUGCCAUGCAUUUCAAAUGCAUCCAUUGCUGAAGAAAGUAGAAGGUCUCACAAGUUGAGCCCCUCUCCGGAGCUUCAUAAACCCAAGUCAAACCCUUCUCCUGAAACUCUGAAGCCCAAGUGUAAUCCCUCUCCUGAUGUCCUGAAGUCUAAAGCCCACAGCCUUUUGGAUACUUCCAAACCUAAACCAAAUAUAUCCCCGGAGGUUUCGAAGCAUAAAGUUAGGUAUCAGGACAAUCAAGCAGCUGGAGCUGGAGCUGCCAACAGGCCGGCGAAUAAAGCCGAGCCCGACGUGCCUCGCUCAAGCUUCAAGCCCGUGCCUGCUCGAGUGAGCCAGGCUGAACCCACAAAGAGCCCUCUCAUUAUUGACAAGAAUGAGCACUUCACAGUCUACAGGGACCCGGCUCUAGUCAGGCCAGAGACCGAGACUAACCCCAUUGCCUAUUUGCACCAGCAUCUUCACCCUCUUCAUGCCUCUUCGCACGCGACGUGUUUAACCGCCACGACCCACCACCCAUCGCAUCUCCUCCCUGGAUCCUCACCUCAGGCACCCAUGGCUGCUAUUAACGCCCAUGCUCUGAGCAGUGCUUCGCACCACUCUGUCCAUCACCCUCAUCUUCUUCCAACAGUGCUACCUGGAAUGCCCACGGCCUCUCUGUUGGGUGGGCAUCCUCGCCUGGACUCUGGCCAUGCCAGCGGUCUGGGGCAUUUAACUCUAGCCCAUCAUCACUCACAUCAGCAGCAGCAGUUUUUACAACAGCAGGCUCCUCACCUUCUGACACAGACUCACACCAGUGCUUCAUAUAACCAGCUUGGGCUCUAUCCUAUCAUUUGGCAGUAUCCGAAUGGCACCCACUCUUAUGCAGGACUUGGACUGCCUUCUUCAAAGUGGGUGCAUCCUGAAAAUGCAGUGAACUCAGAAGCCAGUUUGAGGAGGAACACCCCCAGCCCCUGGCUCCACCAGCACACACCCGUGACCUCCGCAGACAGCCUGGGGCUGCUGAGCCACGGCCCCGUCAGACCUGCCAGCGCAGACCCUCACCGGCCAAUCAAGAUCAACGCACACACCAGUCCCCCGCUGUCCAAGGCAGCUGGAGAGCUUCACAAAGAGGAGCUGGAGAAGAAGACCUUCAUGGACCCCAUGCGAGCAAUUACUCCAGCACAUAUAAAAGCUGAGCAAGACCACAGCAGAACAUCCACGGGCAAAGACAGCCAUUUGCACAGGCACUUCUUGGACCCUAUCUCUAGUCACUGCAAACCGCAGAGAGUAACACAAGACACUGGGGACAGAGUGAACAAAUACAAAGAGGAGAACCGCAAGAUUCUUCAGGAGAGCAUUGAGGUAGCCCCCUUUACAGCCAAGAUAAAGUCAAAUGAGGGGGAGAGAGAUUCUUACCCCAGGAUACCUUCCUUACCCACAGCUGGUCCUAAAAGCCAUGUCAUUAAACCAGACAAAGACACUGAGCACUCUGCAGCAGAACUCUACAAAUUCAAGCAUACGGUGCCACAGUCUUUGCCCCAAAGUAACUAUUUCACUACCUUGUCCAACAGUGUGGUGAAUGAACCUCCAAGAUUAUAUCCAUCCAAGGAUGGGAAUUCUUACUUUGAGAAGGUGAACAGCAGCCAGUUGGCAGCAUCUAAUCCCAUGACCUUGGCUUCUUUUAGCAGCAAGUCCCUCUCAAAACCCCCUCCUCUGAUCAAGCAUCAGACAGAGGGAGAGGGACUAAUGAGCAAAAUCACAGAGCAGUUUUCUCAGCAAGUGGCUUCACAUCCUCUCAGCGCUUCUGGUAACGAAAGGAGGAGUCCUGCAAUAGCGCCUUCGAACCCUCUCAGAUGCAUGCCAGCAUUACACAGAGCUCCAGUGUUUCAUCCUCCGACUCAGCAGACCUUAGACCGAAAGGAGGGCAGUUACGGUAGACUUUCUCCACCAACGCUGACUCCGAUCCAACCAGUAAGCUCAGCUGGUAAAAUCUCUGAACAGCAAAAACCACCAACACUGAUACCGGAACUAAGGGACUUGAAUGCUGUUAAUAAAAACAGUUCUGAGAUGACUUCAUCAGAGAUCUGGAAAGCUGGUGACUCUCAAAACCAUGAGAAACCAGGAUGGCAUUUAGAAAAAAGCAGUGGGAAGCCACAAGCAGCAACAGCAUCUGUUAUUGUACGCCCACCUACGUGCAUAAAAUACGAUAGCCUGCCAGGACCAAAGACAGUAUCCAAGGAACCGGUCACUGAGAGAUCGUUUACAGGAACAAAUCAGACAGAUUGCUUCAAAGCAGCGGAAGGCAGAGAGCCUGGGAGAGUCAUUCUGCCAAACACGAACUUAGAGGAUACUUGCACACAGUAUAAGAAGAACUCUCUAACAAUAUCCCAGGGAAGUAUUUCCAACUGUAUGGUGGCUUCUGCCAAUUCUGUGUGCAGUACCAAAACUGAUGUAACCACUUCUGCAGCCACAACUACCAGUGUCUUGAGUAGAGUUGAAUCAGACAUGACUUACUCGCUGUCGACCACUGUCUCGGCUAGCACUAGAACAGAGGUUGCUGGCCUUAAAGCUGGAGCUCACUCAGUAGCAGAACAGCAGGAGGGAAAGACCCAAACCACAUCCCCUAGCACGGUUCUGCCACCUAACACAGGAAGCACUACACAGGCCAGUGCAGGCCAUAGUUAUUCAAGCACAUUUUUCCAUUUGAAAAAGCACAAGCUGGCCGCAGCUCAGUCCAGGAGUACUAAUGCUAAUGAAAGUGAGCCUGUCAAUGCUAAAAUUCAGAAGUGCUCAAUGGCCAUUUCACAGGAUAGUGGUGUACUGAGCAACACAAUAAACAAAACCAGCUCUUUGACUAAUGGGCAGCCUGCGCAGCUGAGCCAGCCCAACUACCACACAAAGCUUAAAAAAGCUUGGCUUACAAGGCAUUCGGAAGAAGAUAAAAACACUAAUAAGACGGAGAAACUGGGGAGCGCUGUGUCAGAGAUUAUUAAGCCGUGCACUGUUAGUUUAAUUGCGUCCACAUCAAGCGAUGUGGAAAAUAACAAGGAAAGUAAAGGGCAGGAUGACAGACUUGCACAAGAAGACAGGAAAACAAGAAGGGGAACCAAAAGGACUUAUGAGUCAGGCUCUGAGAGCGAUGACUCAGAUGGAAGUGAGAGCAAAUCUGAGCAAAGGGCUAAACGUCAGCCCAAGCCUACAUACAAAAAGAAACAGAAUGACAUGCAAAAGAAAAAGAGCGACAAUGAAAAAGAAGAGGAUGAAGUAAAACCCAAUGGUAUUUUUAGAAGUGCAAGGGAAAAAACAAAACUGAAGUUGGCAAGCAGUAAUGGAAUACCUCGUUCAGUAUUAAAGGACUGGAGGAAGGUGAAGAAACUGAAGCAGACAGGAGAAUCUUUCCUCCAGGACGAUUCAUGCUCUGAAAUAGGACCCAACCUUCAGAAGUGCAGGGAGUGUAGGGUCAUCCGCAGUAAGAAGGGAGAAGAGCCUGCACACUCCCCUGUCUUCUGCAGGUUUUACUAUUUCCGUCGCCUUUCUUACAGUAAGAAUGGAGUUAUCAGAAUAGAUGGCUUUUCCUCACCAGACCAAUAUGAUGAUGAGGCAAUCAGCCUCUGGGCUCCGGAUGUUUAUGAGGACAAUGAUCUUGACCUAGAAACGUCCAAAUAUAUUCUGAAUUACAUUGGAGAUAAAUUUUGUCAGCUUGUAGUGUCUGAAAAUACAGCUGUGACAUGGAUUAAAAAAGAUGCCAAAAUUGCCUGGAAGAGGGCAGUAAGAGGAGUGCGGGAGAUGUGUGAUGCAUGUGAAGCCACAUUGUUUAACAUUCACUGGGUCUGCCAAAAAUGUGGAUUUGUGGUUUGUUUGGACUGUUACAAGGCAAAGGAAAGAAAGAGUUCCAAAGACAAAGAGCUGUAUACGUGGAUGAAGUGCGUCAAGGGACAGCCUCAUGAUCAUAAGCACUUGAUGCCAACACAGAUUAUUCCAGGAACUGUAUUGACGGAUCUGGUCAAUGCCAUGCACUCGCUCCGAGACAAGUACGGAAUGAAAUCGCACUGUCCUUGUGCUGUGAAACAAAAUACUCCGCUUAGCAAGAUCCCUUCUACCAAUGGAGUCUCGCAGGUUUUGCAGAAUGUCCUCAACCACAGCAACAAAAUCUCUUUCUGCAAGCCGGAGCUGCAGCAGCAGAACGCCUCGCAGAAGCUGGAAACGAACGGCGGCGGCAGCCCUGGGGGCGACGCCAGCGCUGACAGCAAGCCCGCGCCGCCGGAGUCCCAGUCCCCCUUGCACUUCCUCGCAGAUCUAGCGGAGCAGAAGUCUAGGGAGGAGAAGAAAGAAAAUAAAGAAUCCCCCGUGGGAAAGCCAGCGAAGGAAGAAAGGGACUCGGAUCGCUUAGAGGCGCUGAACUGCCGGUCGUCUUCGCUGGUGUCGAACAGCAGCGAGCAAGGCUCCAGCCUGCGGGACCUGCUCACCACGACGGCCGGCAAGCUGCGCCUCGGCUCCACCGACGCGGGCAUCGCGUUCGCCCCCGUUUACUCCUCGGGCACACAGACUGGCAAAAGUGGAAGAAGCAUGCCCAACAUCCUGGAUGACAUCAUCGCUUCGGUCGUUGAAAACAAGAUUCCCGCGAACAGAAGCUCCAAGUUCAACCUGAAACACGAAGCGAAUGAAGAGACUAAACACGACAGGAAAAAGCCUAUCGCCGAGGAGCCAAGUAAGCUGUAUCCCGAUAUCCCCCACUCCUGGCUCUGUGAUCACCGUCUGCUCUGGCUCAAAGAUCAUCGGAACUGUAACAACUGGAAACUCUUCAGGGAGUGCUGGAAGCAAGGGCAGCCUGUUCUUGUGUCAGGUGUCCAUAAGAGACUAAAUGCCAAUUUGUGGAAAGCUGAGUCAUUUAACCAUGAAUUUGCUGACCAUCAGGGAGAUCUCCUAAACUGUAAAGAUGGUGUGGUUUCAAACUCCAGCAUCAAGGAAUUCUGGGAUGGAUUUGAGGAUUUAACAAAGCGGCCCAAGUCCAAAGAUGGCGAGAGUUUAGUGUAUCGGCUAAAGGAUUGGCCUUCUGGAGAAGAAUUUAUGGCUCUCAUGCCCUCAAGGUAUGAUGAUUUGAUGAAAAAUCUCCCCCUGCCUGAAUAUUCAGACCCAGAGGGUCAUCUUAACUUAGCAUCCCGUCUGCCAUCAUUCUUCGUCCGGCCAGAUCUAGGGCCUAGGCUCUGUUGUGCAUACGGUGUAGCAGCAUCCAAAGAACAGGACUUUGGAACAGCAAACCUUCACUUAGAGGUUUCUGACAUUGUCAGCAUCCUUGUUUAUGUAGGUGUGGCCAAAGGCAAUGGAGUUCUUUCAAAAACAGGUGUGUUAAAGAGACUGGAAGAGGAAGAUCUGGAUGACAACAUGAAGAAAAGGUUAAAAGACUCAAGUGAAACUCCAGGGGCCUUAUGGCACAUAUACGUGAGCAAAGAUGCAGAGAAAAUAAAAGAAUUCCUACAAAAGGUUGCGAAAGAGCAGGGCCUGGAACUGCCCCCGGAGCACGACCCGAUCCGGGAGCAGAGCUGGUUCCUGAGCCAGAAGCUGCGCCGGCGCCUCCUGGAGGAGCAGGGCGUGCAGGGCCGGACCGUAGUGCAGUUCCUGGGGGACUCGGUCAUGAUCCCCGCGGGUGCCCUCCACCAGGUGCAGAACCUACACAGUUGUGUUCAAGUGAUUAAUGACUUUGUGUCUCCAGAACAUGUGGUGCACUCGUUUCAUUUAACACAGGAACUGAGAUCUUCUAAGGAAGAAAUUAACUAUGAAGAUAAGCUACAGGUAAAAAACAUCUUUUAUCAUUCUGUGAAAGAUGCUGUUGGAACAUUAAAAAGGUGCUGUGGUGAGGAGAUGGACAGAGCAGAAGAAAACUCAUGACACCUUUCCCUUAUUAUUGCUGAAGAAUGACCUUUUCUGGAAUAAUGUAACAUAUGCACACUAACCUUAACAUCACAAACUUACAGUGCCAAGCUGACUAAAUUGGUAUUUAUCUGUUUCCACCACCAUAACAGUAUAACCCAGCGCAAGAUAACCAUGACUCAAUGCAAAACUAAAGAUAAUCUGCAAGCAACAGCACUGCUAUUUUUUCUGUUUUCAUACUGUAUAUUGUUUGUUUAAAUGAAAGAUUAAAAUGAUGUAUUUAUUUUUUAAAAGAAUUACAGAGUUAUAUGCUAUGUUAUAGAUCAAAUGUAAAUGUGACUUGUACAGUUUGCUAAAAUUAUUCUGAUACUGUUCACUACAUUGAGACAGUUACUGUGAGAGCAGAUACAGACACCAGCUAUUGCCUGUACUUGGGAAUCUUUGCUGAAUCGCACAGCCGUCACGCCAUAUCUUUUGAAAAACGAACUGCCAAACUAUUGUAAACAGUGUAAAGUUAUAUAAUGUAAAGGAAAACGUCUAAAAAACACAAGCAUUUUAUUAAGAAAAAGUAUUUGCUGUAAAAUGGAAACCUUUACAAAAGUUGUAAUUUAUUUAAGACAGUUGUCUCAUUUUGUUAAAAUUUAUUAUGGUGAACUUUUGAAGUUAAAUGAAUAUCAAAAACUUAUUAUGCUGUGUAAAUAUAUACAUAUAUACAUUCAAUAAUGUAUUUUUUUAAAACAUGGCUUGCUUCAAUUUGUUAAAGUGCAAGUGUUACAUGCUUUGUACAUUGAAGUUCAAAGGGGUUUUACAUUUUCCAUUAAAAUGGAUUUAUCAAA